AUGCAGCCCUUUUCCAUAUUGGCUUCGAUGGUUGGAGGUUUGAUGCCCCACAAAAACGAAAGGGAAAGUUCAGCACGUAGUUCGAAUGCCAGCAAGGGUGUUUCCGAAGGUGAGAUAUACUCAAAUGCGAGCACAUUCAUGACUGCGGGCAUCGAGACUACAGCGACUGCUCUUAGUGGUUUGACUUGGCUACUUUGCAAGAACCCAGAAUCGUUGCAGAAACUCACAGAUGAGAUUUGCGGCCUUGGGGGUAGAGAAAGUCUUACUGGUACCAAGUUGCAGCGAUUAGUAUACCUCAACGCCUAUCUCGAGGAGGGUCUCAGAAGAAACCGCUCUUUGUGCGUUUGA